AUGGAAAACGACAUUUACGCUGGUUUUACGAAUCGCGCCGCGGAUCUUUUCGACUUGGACAACAACGAUUCGUUCCAGAAUGCGCUCAAGACGUCCAGUUAUGGCAAGAAAAAUACGACACCAAGCUCCGUUUGGCGCGGAGGAACUGGAGAAAUGACUGCGAUUGCAAGACCUUCAACGGCAGUUCGUCCCGCGGGAUAUACAAUGUCGCAAUCGAAGAUUUUCGAUCCGUUGAAUCAAGCGGCAAAGAGAACGGUGGUCAUCGAUACGAGAAAGGAAGAAACUCCUGAACAAAAAUAUAAAAAUCUGGAACAAAAGAUUUUCGACACCCUGGAGGAAUCAAUUUUGGCAAGUUCUGGUCCCAAACCCGAUUUUACACUCGGAUUGAAUAAAGCAAAGGAAGCUUCUUCACUCGAUAGACAACUCCUGCGUCUACGGGACCAAAAUGGAGGCUCUCAUUCACAUAAUUUUGAUUUGACUUACUCGGUCCUUUUUAAUUUGGCAAAUUUAUAUGCCUGUAGCGAUAUGUACGUCGAAGCAUUAAACACGUACACUUUGAUGACCAAAAAUAAGAUGUUCUCGACAGUAAAUCGACUAAAAAUCAACAUGGGCAACAUUUAUUACAAACUUGGACUGUAUUCGAAGGCUAUCAAAAUGUAUCGCAUGGCUCUGGAUCAGGUUCCGAGUAACCAAAAGGAGUUAAGAUUGAAAAUUACUCACAAUAUCGGCGUUUUGUUUGUUCGUAUGGGACAAUAUUCCGACGCUGCGACCUCUUUUGAGUUCAUAAUGUCGGAAAAGGGCGAUUUGCGAUCUGGUUUGCACUUGAUUUUGUGUUAUUACGCAUUGGGAAAUGUCGAAAAGAUUCGACGUGCCUUUCAAUUGUUGCUGGAAGUUCCCAUUGAGUACAAUGAUGAGGAUCGUAUCGUUGGACCGAACGCCAACAUUAACGACGAGUACAUUUAUGACAUCAUUCGUACCGAUGAGCUCGCAAUUUAUGAGCAACGUCAAAAAUCUCUGGCAGAAAAAAGUAUCUUAAUGGCAUCGAAUCUCAUCUCUGGCGUAAUUGAAGAGAAUUUUAAUGAUGGCUACAGUUGGUGCGUAGAAACAAUUAAAAGUUCAAUGUACGCUCCAUUAGCUGCUGAAUUGGAUUUAAACAAGGCUGUCAUGUUCUUGAAGCAGGAUGACAUUCCGCAAGCAGUUGAAACUUUGAAAUAUUUCGAACGCAAAGAAGGUCCUGUAGCUGUAAAUGCCGCUAUUAACCUCACUUUCAUCUAUUUACUGAAGAAAGAUGUCGCCACAGCAUCUAAAUACGCUGAAAACGCUCGUAAAAUGGACUCGUACAACCCGGCGGUGUUUGUCAAUAGCGGCGUUUGCGAAAUGUUCAAAGAAGACUACGAUGCCGCCAAAGUUAUGUUCGAGAAUGCUCUGGAAAUCGAUCCGAUAUCCUUUGAGGCAUUGUUCAAUCUUGGUCUGAUCUACAAAAAGCUCGGAGAUUACGACAACGCAAUGAAUUACUUUAGAAAAUUGCAGGCCAACUUGGGUCACAAGCAACAUCCCGAAGUAAUUUAUCAAAUUGGGAACAUUUUCGAGCACACAAAUGACUCCCAAGCUGCUCUGGAAUGGUAUUUACAGCUGCUUGGGUUGGUUCAACUCGAUUCCGGAGUGUUUCAGAAAAUUGGUGAAGUUUACGAGAACGAAGGGGAUCGUCAACAAGCCUUUCAUUACCACUUGGAAGCAUAUCGCGUGAAUCCCAUCAACAAUUCCGUCAUAAAUUGGAUCGGAUCGCACUACAUUGAACUGCAAGUUGCCGAAAAGGCAAUUGCUUUCUACGAAAAAGCCGCUCUCAACAACCUGGACGACCCGUAUUUCAUGUUGCGCGUUGCCGGUUGCUAUCGACGCAUCGGAAACCCCCAAAAAAGUAUGCAAUUGUUCCAAGCGAUUCACGAGCAGUUUCCGGAUAAUUUGGAUUGCAUUCGAGCUUUGAUGCAUUUGACGCAAACGCAGGGCAUGGAUGACAUGUAUGAGCAUUACCAGGCGGAAUUUCAGCGGGUCGAGAAGGCGAAAGAGAUACGACAACGCAUCGGAAGUAGUCGGCCCGGAACGACAACAAGUUCCCGCUUGUCGGCAAAUGGGAAGAGUAAUGUCAUGAAAGAAGCUACUUUUACGACGCACAGCAGCAGUCGCAGCAUUGAAAUGGAUUCGGCAGGUGAAAUUCAGGUCAACUAUGCAGAUCCCAUUGGACCGCCAGCGGAGAGACCAAAAACUGGGAUGCGAGUUGCCUUGGAAGAAGAUUCUGAUGAGGAUUUAAAUGCAGCAGAUUUGUUGCCAAUGUAA